CGAUCAGUGUGAAAGUGCGUCUGUCUUUCCGUCUAUUUGGAUAAAACAAGCAGCGUUUUGUAUUUUCAGGAUAUUUUCGAGAUGAAUGUGAAAAGCUUCGGGAAAUAACUCAAGAACAAAUAAAAUGGACUACAGACUGCUAUUAACAAACACAUUGGAAUGUAAUUCAGUCUUGACUAAACACUUUGCUGACUUUUUGUCCUUUUGACAUUUGAGCAUGGAUUAUCCUAUCUGGUUAUGUGUGUGUUUCUCGUGGGCAUUCCUCAAGCAGAGUCUCUCGAUGAAAGAGUCUUGCUUGAAUGGAACUCUUCUGAUGAAUGUCGUUUUGCUGGAUGACGACGUGUCGCCCUGGAGUAUCAAUUUUGUGAAGCCCGCAGUGAUGAGAGCUGUUGAAUCUGAUUCUGAGAUCAACUUUAAAAAUGGUGUGAAUUUAUCAGUCAGCUUCAGAGGGUUUCAGACCAUCUACUACCAGAAAACAGGCUGCAGCAGUAGCGCCUGCGAAGGAGUUGAAAUUUUAAAUGAUCUUGCGAAUGCUGGAGAAGAGGGAUGUGCUCUGCUGGGACCGACCUGCACAUAUGCCACUUUUCAAAUGGCAGAUCUGGAGAUCGGUCUGAACCUCAAUAUGCCCAUCAUCUCAGCGGGAAGCUUUGGUUUGUCUUGUGACUUGAAGAGAGAUCUGACUCGUCUCCUGCCUCCAGCCAGAAAAAUCUCCAGCUUCUUCAUCAACUUUUGGAAAUUUCAUGACAAAGUUAAACCUAAGUGGGAAACAGCGUACUUAUACAAGAAACCGGAUAACACAGAGGACUGUUUCUGGUAUAUAAAUGCUCUUGAGGUGUCCAAUGGUGGUUUUUCCCCCAGUUUGCAGGAAAUUGAGGUUAUACGAAAAGAGGAUGACCUCACUAAAGCUAUAGCCAAGCAUAACCGGCAGAGUAACUUGUUCAUUUUAUGUGGGACACCUGAUGACAUCAGGGGUCUGAAGAACGGCACUACAGACUAUGAUAGUGAAAUUGCUUUUCUUCUUAUUGACCUUUACAAUGAUGUCUAUUAUAAAGGGCCAUCUAACACUUUUAUGAGGAAUGUUUUGGUCCUCACAAUGCCCAACACAAGACAAUACACCAUUGACACUUCUGGAAACAAUACGAUGAAUGAUUAUAUUGCAGCGUAUCAUGAUGCUGUGCUGCUGUUUGGUCAGGUGAUGAGGAACAUCCAGAAAACUGGCUCCUUAGAUAUUCAGGAUAUGGACUCAGUCAGCAUGAACUACUUUAGAAAUGUCUCUUUCGAAGGUAUUGCUGGAGAAUAUCAACUGGAUCAGCAUGGGGACAGGGACUUGAUGUUUUCUUUGAUCUACACUAACAAUAAUAAUCAGUACAACAUUCUUUACCAGUUCAACACUUCCACCAACAGAACACUACUAGAGGACAGCAGUCCCUCCUUCAUUUGGCAGACUCGUCUGCCUAACGACAGUCCAUCCAAAGGUCUCUCAGUCAUUGAGAUCAUCGUCAUAGUGUUCUGUACUGUUAUCGGCAUCAUGGGUACACUUGCCUUCAUCUUUUACUGGCAAAACAGGUAUUACCAUCACAUGCAGAAGCGAUGGUCUCACAUUUCAUCACAGCUCAUUACACCUUUAGAGUUAAAUGAGUGGAACAUGAUCUCUCUGAAGAUUGAGGAAGAUUCUACAGAAAACAGUACCUACAUUCUACGCCGUGCACGUUAUGAUAAAAAGAUUGUUAUCCUAAAGGAGUUCAGACUCACAGAUGGAAGCUUCACUGAAAAACAGAGGAUAGAGCUCAACACGCUCUUGAAAAUUGAUUAUUGCAAUCUGACCAAAUUCUAUGGGACAGUCAAAUUUGACAAUGAGUAUUUUGGUGUGUUUGAAUACGGGGAGAGAGGAUCUCUUAGAUAUGUGCUUGAUGAUAAGAUUUCAUACCCUGAAGAGACCUUCAUGGACUGGCAGUUUAAGAUCUCUGUCAUGUAUGACAUUGCAAAGGGCAUGUCUUAUCUCCACACAAGCAAUAUUGCCGUUCAUGGACGCCUUAAAUCCACUAACUGCGUGGUUGACAACCGUAUGGUGGUGAAGAUUGCAGACUUUGGCUUCAACACAAUUCUCAGUCCCAGUGAAGAUUUGUGGACGGCCCCUGAACACUUGAGGAAGCCGGGCAUCUCCCAGAAAGGAGAUGUGUACAGUUUCGCCAUUAUAUCACAGGAGAUCAUGAUGAGGAAGUGCACAUUCUACACAAACACCUGCUCUGAUCGUGCUGAGAAACUGGCCAGAGUGCAAUACCCUAGUACAACCUCGUUCUUCAGGCCUGAUCUAAACCUUGAGAGCACCAGUGAAAGCGAAGAAGAGGUGUGCAUGCUGAUCAGAAAUUGUUGGGACGAGGACCCAGACAGAAGACCAGACUUCAAGAAGAUAGAAAUCGCUCUAUGGAAGAUUGUCAGUCGGGACAACCAGGAGCAUGAGAGCUACAUGGAGAAUCUGAUCCGCCGGCUGCAGAUGUAUUCCCGUAAUCUGGAGCGGCUGGUUGAGGAACGCACAGCUCUGUACAAGGCGGAGAGAGACCGAGCCGACUGUCUAAACUUCAUGCUUCUGCCUGGGCCUGUUGUUCGCUCUCUGAAGGAAACGGGGAAAGUGGAGCCUGAGCUCUUUGAUGAGGUCACCAUCUACUUCAGUGACAUUGUGGGCUUCACCACAUUGUGCCACUUCAGCACACCCAUGGAGGUGGUGGACAUGCUCAAUGACAUCUACAAAAACUUCGACAGUAUCCUUGACAAUCAUGACGUCUAUAAGGUAGAGACGAUUGGGGAUGCGUACAUGGUGGUAUCUGGUCUUCCUCGACGCAACGGGAACAGGCAUGCUAAGGAUAUUUGCCUCAUGGCGCUGGACAUCUUGGCCUUUAUGGGCACAAUACAGUUGAGCCAUCUUCCUGGCAUCCCUGUGUGGAUCCGUAUCGGUGUGCAUUCAGGACCCUGUGCUGCUGGUGUUGUGGGAAUUAAGAUGCCCCGAUACUGCCUGUUUGGAGACACCGUCAAUACAGCAUCUCGUAUGGAGUCUACUGGUCUACCGCUACGAAUUCAUGUGAGUCAGUCAACUAUCAACAUUCUCCAGCGCACAGACUGCAAGUUUGAGUAUGAAGAAAGAGGAGAAACUUUCCUAAAGGGCAAAGGAAAAGAGAUGACUUACUGGCUUACAGGAGUAACAGGAGAAAACUAUAACCUGCCAACACCUCCAACAGCGGAAAACUUCCAGAAUCUGCAGCAGGACCUGUCUGAAAUGAUAAAGACGUGUCUGCAGAAGCGUCCGUCUGGCCUGUGGAGGAGGAAGACUCUGUCAGCACGUCACAGGAAGUUCAUGGUCGGAGUGGAAAUGGAGACCACAGAUCAGCCAGAGUAUCUUCACCUGGCCACCGGUGACUUUCUCAGCACAUACCUGUAAAACAGACCUGAACAACACACUGACACAUCUGCAUUUGGAUUUCAAUUCAAAUCCCAGCUGCAUGUAAAUACUGUAUAAAUGGAUUUAUAUUUUUUAAAAGGCAUUUAUACUAAUGUCUUCGGAUAGCCAACAUUAUUAGUUUCAUCAAGUCUUAUAUAGAACUUCAGUUCGAUAUUUAUUUCGACUAGUUGUGCUUUAUAAACUAAUCAGGCAAACCAGUAAGCUAAGCUUUAAUUACAGAUGCAUUACCAUUCAGUUAUAUAAAACUGUGGACAACAACUGCAGUGCAUCUGCUGCUAGUAUACUCUGUGACUGUCCGUGUAGCAUAAGUGUAUAACAGUAUGUUUUCAAUGAAAUAAUAAAUGCUUUACACAUGAAA